AUGGGCUCCAAGCCUCCCCUGACCCCGAGCCGCUUCGCUGCGUACCAAAGCGCUCUGAAGGCCAUCUCUGCGCGUACGGGGACGCCUUUGCCCUCUCUUAUCGUCUCAUUUGGCAUUCUCCAUGAGCUCACUGCCAUUCUCCCGAUCGUGGGCUUGUUCCACGCCUCGCGCUCGCUCGGACUGGGCGAGCGGAUGGUCAAUGCCAUGGCGAGUGCGGGACACGACGACAAUCAACCCUCACAACCCUCGAAACUCGAUGGGUCCGGCGAGCGGAGCGAGGGGGUCAGCUGGAUGGUGCAGAAAGGGCAAGCGUGGGUAGAUGAGGGCGAGAAGUGGGCUGCACGCGUCGGGCGUCGGUACGGCAUGUUUGGGUUCGAGAAACGCGCGAAGGGGGACAUGUCCCAGACCUUAUACGAGGAGGAUUCGAAGGCAAUGAAGGGCCACAUUGCCGGAGACGUCGCAAACGUCGUAGUAGCAUAUGCCGCUACAAAGGCCCUCUUACCACUCAGAAUCGGCGCUUCGCUGUACUUGUCACCCGCCUUCUCUCGCAGAGCUGUCGAGCCGUGUAGGCAGUGGAUAAUACGAUCUUUCCGCAAAUCGUAG